UUUUAGUGUCGGAGCAACGAAAGUCGAUACGUGAGCUAGCUAGCGGUCACUUUAGCUAAUCAUCCGGGGAAGAUGGGAAACGAGCGGGUUGGGAUUAGCAGAUCUUUUUAUGUUUUUUCUUAAGUACUUAUCUAAUAUAUAUUAAAAUAGAAAAUAGCAUUAGAGUGAACUUCUUUAGCAACUUUAAGGGAGUUUGUUGGUCACCAUAACUUAACGUGUUUUCAUAUUAAGUUUGUCUGACCCGAAAAAAAUGAAAGUUUUCUUAUGGAAAUUGUAAAUAUAGCGUCAGUUUUUAGGGGUUAAAUAAAUUACUUUAUUCCAUGUGAGGCAGUAAAAGCGGCGCAGAGAAUUGGGGAUUAGCUCAUGUGACAGAUAAUCUGUCCUGGACUAGUUUACCGACAGGUGACCGGCUGACGAACUGCAGACAUUUGGACCAAGUUCCUCAAAAAAAGUGAGCCGAGUCAGCAGGAAGUCCAAACAGAAUCAGGAAGAAUUCCACUAAACAAGUCAGCGGAAAAGUCCGCACAGAACUGAUCCAGUCAGCACCGCUCUGAGAAAAUCCUAAUCUGACCGAAUCUGAGGGCUGAGAUUAAUCUGAGAUCUACGGCGUGCAGGAGGAACGAGUCCGACAGACCCAUGAGGCCGUCAGGCGCCGCCAGGAGAGCCGCUGAAGCCCGCCGUCAUGGCCCUGCCUCCGUCCUCCUCUACGUUUGACGAGGAGUCAGAGGAGUUCUGUGGCUGUGGAGACGCUAACGGAGCGCCGUCCCGUUUCAGACCGGGUCAUUCUACUGUGAAGCCGGACUCCGCCCACCGGCUCCCGUCUGAAGGUGGAGGAGGUGCUGGGGAGUGGCCGCUCUCCCCCUCCGCCGCCUCCUCGCCGCUCACUAAUGGAUUUGGUGAGCGGCGUUCGCCUGUAGAGGGCUGCUCUUCUCCUGAGGGGGAGGCGGGGUUUGCUGACUUUGGCGUUUUCGGGGAGCAGGCGGCGCACCCGUGGUGCUGUGGCCUCACAGAGCGGUGGGACAGCCAGGUGGGAGGAGCUAACCAGCCGGUGGGUAACUCAGGACGGGAGGGCGUUACGGAGUCUGCACCCAGGUCCCAGCAUGCCCCCGGGGCAAAGGAAGACGGGGGCUGCCCCGCCGCAGACCGCCAACCUCAGAACCGCAGUCAUCCUCGGGACGAUGGCGAGGCUCAGGAGACGUCGGCUACCUCCCGCCGGGCCGAGUCCGGCACAGAAGGACCUCACGCCACUGAGAGGAAUGCAGAGCAAAGGAUUCUGGGAAACAUCCCGCUGAGCGACAGCUUUGCAGACUUCUGCUCAGCCCCCACACAGGGGGGUGGAGGCGGGGCCUGGGCGCACUUUGAGGAGCGGUUUUCCCUGACGGAGCAGAAGGAGGUCAGUGAGGUCAGCAGUCUGCAGCCUGAGGAGGAGGAGCCUGGAGCCGCGAGGAGGAGCAGCACUCAGACGGCGUGCCGCGUCCUGCAGCUCCUCCGGUCCAGCUUCCCCGAGGUCCUGCUUCACGCGGAGGAGGAGGAGGAGGAGCUGCUGGACCUCAGCGCCGUUCUUCAGGCUCAGCGUCCUCCACAGAGCGAAGACGAUCCGAGUCACACUCACAGAACCGAGCCGACGAUGCUGUGGCCCCACCACCACAUCCACAGCUCCGUGGGCCUCCAGUUCCGCUGGGACGGAUCUCACAGCAACCAAAUCCUGCUCCGGUGCCUGGGAGUGGACUCCAGGAACAUCGUGUUCAGGAAGAAGCCUCUGAGUCUGUCUGCUGCAGGCCAGAGACCACCUGAUCCCUCCAAAGACGCUCCGGCUGGCAGCUCUGCAGACCCGCUGAAGGCGUGCUGCGUUCAGGAGCCGUCGGAGUUUUCUCUCCAGGAGCUUCCUUCCAGCCCGCUGGACUGGAGCAUCCGUGGCCUUAGCAGCUCUCAGGACGCCGCCUCCCCCCGCCGGGCUCCUCUUUUCUGGGGGUGGAAGUAGACUCCGCCCCCUGCUGCUGCGGGGAAACCCCUCCGGAGACGGGAGGGCGAGCCCGCUCCCUCCUCAUCCUCACCUGCUGCUACCUGUCGGAGGGAAGGGUCGGUGUUGAGGUGAUGAAGGUCUGGGAGGACGUUCUCCGGCCGUGUUCAGACUCUUCACAGAGUUUCUGUUUCAAUCCAAGCGGAUGUUCUGGUGCUCAGGAGACAUGCUGCCAAACCAAAACACUGUUUCUUUGCUCAGGAACCUUCUCCUACUUAUCGUUUCAGCGUCAGAGUGAAUGUUUAUGUCUGAAGAGUCGCCUUUUGAACGCACUGAAGACAGAGAACUCUGAGAGGACGGAUUCUGUGAAUGGAAGCUGCUCCUCUGGUGUUUAUGUUCUUCUCACGGAUGAACAGCAGGGGGCAGUGUUCUCUGGGUUAUCAGAGAAAUCAGAAGGAAGAAAUCAUGACUCACAAGUUCUGCUGGAAUCUACUGUUACAUAUUUAUUUGAGUUCUUUUGCACUUUGUCGUUACCGAGCAGUUUUCACUCCUAAAGUUCUUCAUUCGGACUGUUUUUCUGCUGCAGACGUGAACGUUUGUGCCUUUUUCAAGCAAAUAUUUCUGUUUGGGUCCAGUUGAUGAAUAAACUUUAGACCAACACUGUAAUCUUUUAAAAAAUGAGCUUUAUCUCGAGGUGAGACCUUAAGCACUACAUAAAAGACUGCAAUAAAUCAGCUGUCUGAACUGAAA